CUGCAGGUGCAAAGCUGGGGUCUGGGCUAGCUGCAGCGGAGCCGAGGAUAAAACACACAUUUCACGAUGGCGUCUGCAAAUGCCACAUACGGACAGAAAGAAUCCUCAGACCAGAACUUUGAUUACAUGUUUAAAAUCCUCAUCAUCGGCAACAGCAGUGUAGGAAAGACCUCCUUCCUCUUUCGCUAUGCAGACGACUCGUUCACUCCGGCCUUCGUCAGCACAGUGGGCAUCGACUUUAAGGUCAAGACCAUCUACAGGAACGACAAGAGGAUAAAGCUGCAGAUCUGGGACACCGCUGGCCAGGAGCGCUACAGGACGAUCACCACAGCCUACUACAGGGGAGCCAUGGGCUUCAUCCUCAUGUAUGACAUCACCAAUGAGGACUCCUUCAACGCUGUUCAGGACUGGUCAACCCAGAUCAAGACAUACUCAUGGGACAAUGCCCAGGUCAUCUUGGUGGGAAACAAGUGUGAUAUGGAUGAUGAACGAGUGGUGACUACAGACAGGGGCCAGCAGCUGUCAGAGCAGCUGGGUUUCGAGCACUUUGAAACGAGUGCUAAAGACAACAUUAACGUGAAGCAGACCUUCGAGCGGCUGGUGGACAUCAUCUGCGAGAGGAUGACGGAGAGUCUGGACAACAACGACCCUACCGUCACCGGAAAUAAACAAGGGCCACAGCUCACCGAGCAGCCACAGAGGUCCCAUAAGGAUUGUGCUUGCUAAACACAACUGCACAAACACACACGCACUCAUACUCUUUGUCUGCUGUCCUGAAAUCAAUACACCUUUUCAGUUAUUUUACAGUUUGUCUCUCGCUCUCAUACGCACAUACACACAAACAUACAGAGGCACACAAGCUGGCUGUUGAAAUUCUGCACCCCUCUCACAAGCGCACCAUCCUCACGAGCCGGCUUAUCCCAAAGCUUUGGUGUUCUCAAAUUAAUAUCAGCAAGAAAUCUCUUCUCUUUUUUUUUUAAAAGUAAUACAGACAAUACAUAAUAGUGCUUAUUUAUUCAGAGGGGUGAAGAAUGUUUAACAGAGAAACAAUCCCAAGUCGUCUUUCUUUUAUACCUGUAUGUGUGUAUACACACACACACACUACACUGUAUCUUAAAAUUUUAAAAUUAGCCAGUCAAGCCUUGGACUCUAUCAUUCCUCAUUGAGGUGACUGUAAUUGGGUUUAACUCUUAAAGGCUGUGAGGGAGGGGCAUUUCACUGCCCCCCCGCUGCAACACCAAGUUAGCACUAACGCCUCAAACCUAAAUGGAUACAAAUCAUAUCAUUUACUUAUAGUCCCAUUGAAAGUCUGCGUUUGUUGCUGUGGAUAGAGUUGCUGUUUUGUUUUUUUAACGUUUUUUAAUUGGUUGGGUGUGGUUUUGAGCAUGUGAAAUGACCAGUCCGUCCCAGUGUUGUGACUGAGUUUAGUAAGGUCAACUUUUGACGUCCAAAUGGGGCGAAAGUGAGUCUUUCUUUAUAAGUUAAAAUGAACACAAGAUUCAUUCAUAUCAGUCUGCUAGUUGAAUUACAUUGUUGUAGGAUUCAUGUCGGGCCCAUUUCCAGAUUUUAAGUUUUUGUUUUUUUAAGGUCUGUAUUUGAGAGCACUCUAUGGAUGCCGGUGUCAGUCACUUGGUUGAUCGAGUCAUUCCAGCUUGUUUAGUUUUUUUUUAUAGCUUUUUGUUCAUCUUUUUUAAGACAUACAGCUAAAUAAAAAAGAUAAGGAUUGAGAAGAGUGUAUAAAUGUUUGAAAGUCAAUAGAUAAGCAUUUUAAAUUGCAUAUAUAAUAUAUACAUAAUUAAUAUAUACAAUUAGGAUGUUGGAUUCCUACCUGUGCUUUAAUGAGAGGUGCAUGUUGUUUCUGGUUGACUGGAUGGUUAUUUGUAUGAGCUGUUGAUGGCCUAUUCCUAGUCUGACGUGUUUGUUUGAGUACUCUGAGGUAAAAUGGGGCUAAAGGUUUCACAUAUUAAGCUCAUGGCUCCUUCUCAUUGUAUUAACUUUCAUUCACUGCAUACAAUGCGCAACAUGUGCUCACUAGAAAGGCAUGUGAUCCAGUGUGAGCACUUUGUGCACCAAAGACCUGCCACCUCCAUCAACUUCCAAAAAACUCUCUGUUGUCAUGGCGGAUGAUAUUGUCAUCUUUAUGUUUGGGGAAACAUAAUGUUUUAAGCAUGUUAAAUGUGUUGUUUUAUUUCUCUAAAGUGAAGGAUUUGUCUGCUCAUGUAUACAGUACAAACCUGUAAGUCAUGCACUCACUGAUGUGCUGAGACAUGCAAAAACACAAGUUAUUUUAAUAUGUAACUUAUUUAUUUAUUUUAUAUUAUUUAUAACGUAAUUUAUUUUUCAGAUGGUGUUCUUCUAGAUUAUGCAUCGCUCUUUACUUUUUAAAGAGAUGUUCAUUAGUAUUCAAUUGCUUAAACUGUCCCAGCUUUUAACUGACAUGUACUCGUGUUUACAGUGAAUAUAAAGCUUAAGAUGCCUCCUGAAGAGGAAAGUUAAACAUUCCAGUGAACUUCUUAUCACGUCCACAUGGCUUUGGUGGGAAGUUUUGUUUGUCUUUUCAUAUCAGUUAUGUAACUUUUAAGACUUGGUAGUUUAACAGCAGUCUGUUCUCACAGAGCAAUAGCAGUUCUUUCUCCUCCACACCCAAAUAUCUGCAACACAACCCUGCUGAAGGUUUGAAACAUGCAUAACUGUGUGCGGGUGUGUGAGUGUACAUUUUGUACUAAGUUCUAAUGCAGUCUCUUAAUAAUUGUUCUUUCCAAAGAGGUCUCGACAUAAAAUAAAGAGCCAAAAAGCGCUUGUUAGACAUUUGUUAGAAAAACCUGUCUAGUAGUGUUUUUCCUACUCUGCAGUAGCUUCAGAAAGGGAAAAUGUUUAGGGAAGUAAACUGAAUACUCUGAACACUUCAUUUAAAAAAAAUAGUUAUUCUUACUGCAUUUUCACUUUUUUUGGUUAUUUUUGUUACUUUAUUUAUUGUGUUUUGCUACAGCUGUAAACCUGCAGAUGAUUAAGUAACAAGCACCAGUCCUGUUCAGCUCCCCUCCUCUUCCUCCCUCCACAUCAUAAAUCUUGUAAAUAGGAAUUUUCUGCCCUGUCGGGUAUUAGUUGUGUGAAUUGUGCUGUAAUUCUGUAAUGCCAGAUUUGCUAAAACGAGGAAUCAAUAAAUAAAUUCAU